AUUUGAGGUACGCGAUCUCUCUUAUCACAAUUCAAUUGUAAUGAAAUGGAGCAGGCCGAACUGACUACAGAGCAGGUUCUUAAGAGGGAUAUCCCAUGGGAGACUUACAUGAUGACAAAGCUAAUCUCUGGGACGGAUCUUCAACUGUUGAGGCGUUAUGAUAAUAGACCGGAAAGUUACAGGGCACAAUUGUUAGAUGAUGAUGGCCCAGCUUAUGUUCGGGUUUUUGUUACCAUUUUACGUGACAUUUUUAAGGAAGAAACAGUCGAAUAUGUUCUGGCUUUGAUUGAUGAAAUGCUUGCAGCAAACCCGAAAAGAGCCAGAUUGUUCCAUGAUAAGUCUCUUGCAAAUGAUGAUCCUUAUGAACCUUUCCUAAGAUUGCUUUGGAAAGGUAACUGGUUCAUACAAGAAAAGAGCUGCAAGAUACUUGCUUUGAUUGUAAGUGCUAGGCCAAAAACUCAAGAUGGCCUUCUUUCAAAUGGAGAGGCCUCAAAUUCAAAGAGCAAAAUUACUUGCAUUGAUGAUGUGCUGAAGGGAUUGGUUGAAUGGCUUUGUGCCCAGCUGAAGAAGCCUUCACAUCCUAGUCGUUCCAUUCCAACUGCAAUUAGUUGUCUAGCAACAUUGCUUAAGGAGCCUGUGGUCAGAUCUUUGUUUGUACGGUUAGAUGGCGUGAAGUUGCUGAUUCCAUCGAUUUGUCCAGCAUCUACUCAACAAUCCAUUCAGCUUCUUUAUGAAACAAGUCUCUGUGUCUGGCUACUAUCUUACUAUGAACCUGCAAUCGAGUACUUGGCUACUUCAAGAACCUUGCCGCGACUAGUUGACGUUGUGAAGAGUUCCACAAAAGAGAAGGUUGUCAGAGUGGUUGUCUUGACCUUUAAAAACUUGCUUUCCAAAGGUGCAUUUGGUGCUCAGAUGGUAGACCUUGGAUUGCCACAAAUUGUUCAAAAUUUGAAAGCACAAGCAUGGAGUGAUGAGGACCUACUGGAGGCUCUGAACCAACUAGAAGAGGGGUUAAAGGAUAACAUUAAGAAAUUGAGUUCUUUUGACAAGUACAAGCAAGAAGUUCUCCUCGGCCAUCUUGAUUGGUCUCCUAUGCACAAAGAUCCUGCUUUCUGGCGUGAAAAUAUAACUAAUUUUGAAGAGAAUGAUUUCCAGAUUCUGAGGGUCCUCAUCACAAUUUUGGACACAUCCAAUGAUCCAAGAGCUCUGGCUGUUGCUUGCUUUGAUCUCUCGCAGUUUAUCCAGCACCAUCCUGCUGGGAGGGUCAUAGUGACGGAUCUUAAGACCAAGGAAAGGGUGAUGAAACUGAUGAACCAUGAAAAUGCUGAAGUUACCAAAAAUGCUCUCCUCUGUAUUCAAAGGCUCUUUCUAGGUGCAAAGUAUGCAAGCUUUCUGCAGGUCUGAUUCUCUCCUUGUGAGGCAUCCAAUUACACCGUAUGGUUGUACAUCACCUGCUUCCGGAUUGCUUCCAUGAGCAGAUACUGAACUCUGCGCCUUUUAUUUUUAUUAGAUGUUGGAAAACUGCGGAGAAUUAAUUUAUUCUACCGAAGGAGACUUUGAGACUUGGAAGAGAAUAAUUGUAUCAUGUUUUGUUUUGGGUGUAUAUACAUUUCAAGAGUUUGUUAAUCGAUCAAUAAUGUAUGAAUACUUGAUUCAGGGAGUUGCACACAAAUAUUUUUCUUUGUA